CCGCAGAGAGAGAGAGAGAGAGAGGGAGAGAGAUUUUGGGAGGGUACAGUCUUAACUUAAAGAAGAGGGAAAUCCGCAAAAGUGACACGCGGCAACGGCUUUAGCUCUGUGUAUGGCGCACUGACGCGGCUCUGAUGGGAAGAUUUCGCGUCUCCAGCUGUGCUUGAGUCUCUGCCGCAGCCUCGGGAUAAUGCCGGAGAAAGGCUGAGAACUACCGCAGCUCCCUGCGUUCAGCCGCUGGAUGGAUUUCGGCCCACAGUAGAGAAACGACGGAAUGGUUUUCUCCGUUAGAGCGGAACAUCCUGGCGCGCGCCUCCGCGGUCUACAGAAGGCGGGGCUGUGAGAGCUCGAGGAGCGCGCGGUUAUUUUUGGGAGGCGAAUUGCGCGUUGAGAGAAAUGCCAUCAGCCGGGAUUUUCCCGUAGUUCUGCGCUGCUUGACCGUGUGGAAGUAGUGAUGGAAGACGCGGGAGGCUCCAGGAGGACGUUCAUCGUCCCGACCAUCAAACAGUUUGAUCACUACGACUUUACGAGGGCCAAAAUAGCGUGCAGCCUGACGUGGCUCGUGGCCAAAGCCUUUGGCUCAGACUGUAUUCCAGUGGAGUUGGAGGAGCCAUUCUAUAAGGACCAGUAUGAGCAGGAGCACCUGAAGCCUCCGGUGGCAUCUCUGCUGCUGUCAGCCGAACUCUACUGUAGGGCUGGCAGCCUGAUUCUGCGCAGUGAUGCUGCUCGACCCCUGCUGGGUCACAACGGGGUCAUCCAGGCUCUGGCUCAGAAAGGCCUGUACGUCACUGACCAGGAAAGACUCGUCACUGAGAGAGACCUCUGCAAAACACCCAUCCAGAUGAGCUCGCACUUGGCGAUGAUCGACACCCUGAUGAUGGCGUACACAGUGGAGAUGAUCAGUGUCGAGAGAGUGCUGACAUGUGUACAGAAAUACUCACCUUUCUUUCCUGAGGAGGACUUCCCUUAUGAUGUUGAAGAAGCUGUGACCACCUGGAUUAACAAGGUUAAUGAAUACUUGAGAGAGACCAUGGCUCAAGAUCGAAGAGUAGGAAAGAAAUUUGAGACCAAACCAAUAGGAGUAAAGGUGCAGGACAAAAAGGACAACAAUAAAGCUCAGCCUGCACUCUACCUCCCACUAGUGGAAAACCUGCUGAAGGACAACGCAGACGGCUGUGCUCUGGCAGCAUUGCUGCAUUUCUACUGCCCCAAUGCAGUGGCACUUGAAGAUAUCUGUGUGAAGGAAACAAUGUCAUUGGCUGACAGUCUGUACAACCUGCAGCUCAUCCAGGACUUCUGCAGGGAGAACCUUAACAACUGCUGUCACUUCACACUGGAGGAUAUGCUCUAUGCCUCUAGUUCUAUUAAGAGUAACUACCUUGUUUUUAUGGCAGAGCUGUUUUGGUGGUUUGAAGUGGUCAAACCCUCUUUCGUUCAGCCCCGUACGCUUGAAUCUAAAUUUGAGGCAACAAAAAUGGCUCCUGUAACUAAACACAACCUGAUCCACAGGCCAUCCAGCCCGGACCCACCGAGGACACAAAACAACACCAACUUGGGAAUGAUAAAGAGGUCAAAUUCUCUGUCCUAUGUGGACGGGUGUGUCGGGACAUGGCCCAAAGAGAAAAGGUCUUCAGCUCAUAGUAUCUCGUUUGAGAUUCCAUUUGAUGACCCUAUGCCCUGUACGCCAGGUCAAAGUUUGAGUCGGUCUGUUAGCUCAGAAGGCCUGGGGUUCAAAGUUUCUAACUCUGUGCGGGGAAUGCGCAGGAAUCUCUCUUUUCAACCCGUUAAUGGAAGCACACCUACGCCAUUACAAGAGGAAGAGGAUGAUGAUAUUACAUCACACCAUGGUCCUGUCAGGCCUCUUGUUGGGACUGAAGCUAGGUAUUCAAAUGGGGUGCCUCCAGAUAUCACUUAUCCCCAGCCACCGACUCCAACUAUAGAGGAGGCUCUUAAGAUCAUCCAUGACCCAGAGUGCUCUCACAGCAGUCUCCGUCCCCCUGUUGGUGAAAAUGCCUUUUUCCUUCACCCCCCUGAAACCCAGGGCAAACCUCCUGAAACCCAGGGCAACCCUCCUGAAACCCAGGGCAACGCUGCUGCUAACUCUGAACUGCAAGACCCCGAGGACCAUUUGUUUAAAGCCCAGGUUGAAGAUGGACAGCAGAAUUCUACAUCCACAGAAAUGGAUACAGGAAUUCAUGUUCGCACAGAGGACAUCCAGGAUGGUCAAGAUGAAGACUCAUCUUUAAAGGACUACUCUGAUAUGGACCAAGACUAUGAAGCCCGGUCGUGCCCAUUACCUGAUACCGGUGGCAGUUUUAGCCCGGUGCCAAGCCUGCAGGGUCAGUUUUCACUCGCCACAAGCUCUGCCUCCUCAAUUGGAUCUUGCUUUGCUGUACGCAUGACAAGUUUUGCUGAGCAAAAGUUCCGCAGGAUCAGUCAUGGCGAAGGGCGAAGUGGUGGAAAUACACCCAAAAGUGAAGUAAGCACCACAAAUGAUAGAGUAGUUGCAAGGUCUGUUACACCAGAUGCCAGAAGUACCAGUCAGGCCAGCUCACCCCGUGACCCGUCAAGCCUGUUAGUGUCUGAGAUGGUGCAGUUAAAGAUGAAGCUUGAGGAAAAGAGGCGAGCUAUUGAAGCUCAGAAAAAGAAAGUAGAAGCCGCGUUCACACGACACCGACAAAGGAUGGGUCGCACCGCCUUUCUCAAUGUUGUUCGCCGCAAAGGAGCCAUUUCGCCACUAGGGAGUGAUGGUGGCAGUUGCAGAAGUCCUGAUGAAAAGCAAAAUAUUCCACCACAACUUUUAAAAACAAAUGAAAGCAGCUCUCCGUUAGAGAGGUGUAAACCUGAUGGUGCACCACUUAAAGUGACCCCAGAGGAAGGAGGGGGUGCGGAGGUGGUAGACUUGGCAGAGUAUACACGCUCGAUUGAGCAUCUAAAUGCAUCGCUAAAUUUCUUGCAAACUGAAAUGCAGCGCCUGGCACAGCAGCAGGAGCAUCUCAUGCGCCUACGUGAGCAGCAAUCUUGGGUGAUCUCACCUCCGCACGCACAAACAGAAACACAAACUUCAUUACAGAAACACCUGCGUGAGCUGCGUAGUAGUAGUGUUGUGGGUCGCAGAUCUGUGGGGUCUCUUUCCCCGAACCUGUCCUCCACAGGGUCACCCCGUACAACACAACGCUCUCCUGCCCCUAUAAAGAGAAAGUCUGCUUCAUUCCAUGCCAGAACACCACGUACUCCACGCCCAAGUGAGCUUAAAGUCACUCCAUUUAGUCGAAUGUUGAACACCCCUCAGUCAGUGGACAGUCUACCCAGGCUGCGCCGGUUCUCUCCUCGACAAACACAAACUAGUCCUUUUGCGUACCUGGGACAUGAUGAGAGACCAACAGAUGAUAAUCAAAAAAAGAAAGAGGAAGUAAAUGCACCAGGAGUGGGGUCUAUAGACAAUAAACUUGACACAAAUGCAGAAAAGACUUCUGGUGAUGCUCUGUCUAGCAAAGUCACAGACAACCAAGAAGACAAAGAGAAGGAAAAAGAUGGAGAUAUGAAAGAGAAACAACAAGAAGAAGCCGGACCCAUCACGACAACAGCAGCGAUUCAGGUUCAGUCCCAGACUGCAACAGAGUAUUCGGAUGUAAUGAGCACAGAUGGUACAGGGAAUGGUCAGGCCAAGGGUGGGAAUGACCUAAUCGAGGUGCCUCUCUCUGAACUGAAGCCCUUGGAUGAUCACGAACUGGAAAGUGGGAAAGUGACGGAGGGCAGAGUAGAGAAGAUGUGCUGUGGCUUCUUUUACAGGGAUGAUCAAAAAGGUGAGGAAGACAUUGCACAGAAGAGAGCAGCUCUCUUGGAGAAGAGGUUGAGGAGAGAGAAAGAUACUCAGAUGAAGAAACAGCAGCAGGAGCAAGAGAUGGAGCAGAAGAAGGAGAUGUCAAGACUGAAAGCAGAAGAGGAUCGCCAGAAGAAAGAGGAGGAGAAGGCAAGACGGGAUUACAUAAAAAAUGAGUAUUUGAGGAGGAGGCAGCUCAAGCUGAUGGAGGACAUGGACAGUGUCAUUAAACCCAAUGUUUCAAGCACCAAACUAAAGAAGCCCCGUCCCAAGUCCAUGCACCGAGACAUCAUGGAGUCUCCUAAACCACCUGCUCAAACGUACACAGGGUCAAGACCUCGGGGAUACUCUGUCUCCAGUAUAUCACUUGCCUCGCUUAACUUGGCAGACAACGAAAGUGUCCAGCCAGACAAGAGGAUGUCCAGACGCAGUAAAUUUUCUCCAGGCAGUCUGUGUUUCUUUUUGAGCUCUGCAAAAGGGGCAAAGGCCAGACCGGAGACUGCAGAGGGUCAGUUGUUACCUUGUCCAACAGUGAACCGGAAUGGGGAGAACUGGGAAAACGAAUCAACAUCAUCGGCAGCAUCUAACACAGAAUACACAGGGCCAAAGCUUUACAAGGAGCCCAGUGCCAAGUCUAACAAGUACAUCAUCCAGAAUGCACUGGCUCACUGCUGCUUGGCAGGCAGAGUCAACGAGGGACAGAAGAACAAAAUACUAGAGGAAAUGGAGAAGACGGAAUCUAACAACUUCCUAAUUCUUUUCCGGGAUGCGGGUUGCCAGUUCCGCGCCCUCUACACAUACUGCCCAGAGACAGGUGAGAUCAGCAAGCUGACGGGCAUCGGCCCCAAGGUCAUCAUGCCCAGGAUGAUAGAGAACCUGUACAAGUACAGCUCAGACAAGAAGCAGUUCUGCCACAUCCCAGCUAAGACCAUGUCAGCAAGUAUCGACGCCAUUACCAUCUACAGCCAUCUCUGGCAGACGAAGAAGCAGAGCACGCCUAAAAAACUGCUUAAGUAACGCAGAUGGAACAGGAGGAAACAUGCGCUUACGACCUCACUGUUCCACCUCACCUCACCCCACAUCCAGUUCUGGUCUGGAUUUCCGAGACUUUAUGUUAUCACUGUUUAGCUUAUUGUUCUGAGAGUGAACAGAAUGAUGUGAUUUCACUACAAUAUUCCACACAGCUUGAAUGUAAAUACUGAAUAUGUGCAGGUAUGGUUCGUAAUGUAGCCAACAUCACUUAAGAUGAGCUCAGAAUGAACACAAUAUAGCUUGUCUGCACGUGAUGUGUACGUAUGUGUAAGUGUGUGUGUGAGAGAGAGAGAGAGAGUGAGUGCCAAAACCGCAGGUUACACAUCCUUGCUUUUUACUUGUUUUUACAUUUUCUCUUGCUAACACCAAACUUAGUUGAGUGUGUGCAUCGGUGUAUUCUCAUGAAGAGACAUGGAGGGAUGUUGGAUUUAACAUUUGAAGAUCACACCAUAUUUAUGAUGUGUCAUUUUGUUUACUGGAAUCUAAGCACCUGACUCUCUGAAUUCGCUGUCUGAAUUUAUUUAUAUUUUGGGAACUACCUUAAAGUUGCAUUGGUGCAGAACAGCUUUUACCAGGAAUCAGUCAUGUGUUUGUAUAUAAUGGCCUUUCUUUCUAUCUGAAUGCAGAUUUUAUUUAGCUUGUACACAUCAUUGUGUGGCUGUUUUGUGACUUCAGCACGGAUCUACCAUUCUAAGCUGCUAAACCAUCAAAUAUCGUUCACGUAAACUGUUUCAUGACUGUAUAACAAUCUCUUAAGUGUAAUAUGUUCAUUCCAUGUAAUAUGUUCAUGUAAAAACAUACUGAUUAUAUUUUUAGAGACACAGCUGACAGUACUUUGCAUUGAAAAGUUAUAAUUAAAAACAAAAGAAUUGCAGAGUAUAGUAUCAUCAUGCUUCCCUAUCAGUGCUGUCGGUAUAGACGUACAAUUGAAUUGAAAAGUCUAAAUGGCUUCAUUUUAAAUAUAAAGUGCUUUCCCAAGAUGUGUUGCGUUUUUACAAGCUUUGUAUCAAGCUUUGCUUUUUUAUAUCUUCAGGUUCUAAAGAGCCGAAAGAUGUCUUUAUUUUUCUCUAGCAGAAGAACUCAUCCAUCAAAUUUAUUAGAGCUGUACAUAUUAUAGUUUUGCAUAUUAAGCCUAUUUUUAAAGCCAUUGGAUAUUAAUGAUAUUUUUUCAUAUUGACUAGAAAGUGCUUUACCUUUGGAAGGAACUGUGGGUUAUCAUUGCCAAGGAGCAAAGCUGCAGAGAAUUUUUAUGGCCGUUUCUCAAUACAAGAAUGCAUAGGCUGGGAAGAACCUUUUUUCAGACAAAAUUGACAUGGAGAGCAAAAUGACUUCAUUACAAGAGGGUGGGUCUUGACUAUUGCUAGCUUAACUGGGUAUUGGAGUACUCGGUUCCCUUCAAAGUUGAAAGUUGCAUCACAGAUAUGUUGCGUUUAAAUUCUUACAGGUUUUUUUUUUUUUUUAUCAGUUUGUUCCUGGUGCCAAGAUCGAUUUUUAUCCUCAAUAUUUGGGGGGGAAUCUGGUAUUUCAGCUGUUUAUUUUUCCUUAAAAAUUAUAUUUAUACUUACAUUCCCAUUGGAAAAUUUGCUUGUGUUUAGGCUGAACCUUGGCAUAUUAAAAAAGAUCCUUUAACUGCAAGAGAGAAAACAGUUUUAAGUAUUAGUCUCAAAUAGGAUGUCAGCUCGGGUCAGCACCUGUUGUGGAGUAUUAUUUUGAUAUGCAAUUUAGUACAGUUUCAGUCAUAGCCUACAGUAUGUAACAGCUGUUUACCUGUUUCUUCAUGCCUCACUGUUGGGUGUGUUCAUAUUGUCCAUGUGUUGUAUGUCUGUUCUCUGAUAGAGCACCUGUUACCUUGUAUGGCUUUACAAAUACAGAUUUUCAUCCAAA